AUGCACACUGGCGAUUACGUUCGAUUUCGACUCGUUCCGAUGGGAGAAUCUACCAACCCGCAACAUUUCAAAUGUGGGGAGUAUCCCCCUGUCUCCGAAGUAUUAGAAGCAAAAAGCUAUUCGUACAGUCCAGUACCGACUGAUGUUGCGGUUGAUUCCAUUCCCUUGUGGCAUCUAACGCUCCCUGGGCGCCGACACACCGACAACUACUGGAUUUCAACAUUUCCCAAAAAGCUUCGAGGUCCGUUACACCGCCUACCAGGAACCCGCGAAAGAGUAAUCGGAUGGGGCAUACGAAUAAACGAGCGCUUCAAUUGGCACCUGUUUUUCUCUCUUCUUCUGGUAAUCGCGGUGAUUAUCUGGGCAAUUGUGGCCGUCUAUCUUGCAUACAAGGCCGAUGACUCUUCUGGAUUUGGUUUGGGGGCUUUGCUCGCAGCACUUAUUGCGAUUUAUAUGCCUUUUCAGUAUUUUUCUUGGAAGGAAAAGCUGGAAUAG